AUGACGAGUGAGAAGAUGAAAAAUGUCGGCCAUGGUGCCAAGGACUAUGAUGCAAAGGUUGCGCCUCACGCUGUCUCAUCCAGCGAAUCUUCGUCUUUUGAAGAGCUUCGAGGACAAGUAAAGAAAGUUGAGUGUGCAUUUGACACGACUGAGGACCCGCGGUACUACAAACCAAUCCCGGAAUAUGAGGGUAUUCAUCGCUGGGACCCCGACUUUGAGUGGACGGAGGAGGAGGAGAAGGCUGUUAUAAGAAAGAUUGACUGGCGCGUCUGUACAUUUGCUUGUGUCACUUUCUUUGCACUGCAGCUGGACCGAGGAAAUGUUGUGCAGGCCACUUCUGACAAUAUGCUGGAGGAUUUGGGCAUGACCACCAAUGAUUACAACACAGGUCAAACUAUCUUCUUUUUGACGUUCCUAUUCGCGGAGCUUCCAUCCCAACUCUUGUCCAAGUGGUUUGGACCUGAUCGAUGGAUCCCUGUUCAGAUGGUCUCGUGGAGUUUAAUCGCCGCUUGUCAAGCAUUCGUGAAGAAUCGCGGAACUUAUUUUACUACAAGAGCUCUGUUGGGUCUGCUCGAAGGUGGAUUCAUCCCCGACACAAUCCUCUUUCUCUCAUUCUGGUAUAAAUCAAAAGAGCUUCCUAUCCGCCUGGGCUACUUCUGGGUCGCCUUUGAAGCAACCGCCAUUGUCAGCGCAUUUUUAGCCUUUGGCUUCCUUCACAUCCACAACUCCGAUGGCACUGGAGGCUGGCGAUACUUGUUCGCCUUCGAGGGACUGAUUACGGGUGUCAUCGGCAUCAUUGCUGCAUUUUGGAUGCCACCAUCACCAACCCAGACAGCUGGCCGGUUCCGGGGUAAAAAUGGCUGGUUCGACGAGCGCGAAGAGAAGAUCAUGGUCAACCGCGUACUCCGCGACGAUCCCAGUAAAGGUGGCAUGCAUAACCGCCAGCCAGUCACCCCCAAGCUACUCUGGGAAGCACUGAAGGACUACGAUAUGUGGGUGAUCUAUAUUCUUGGGUUGUCAUGGCUGAUCCCCACCAUACCCGCCACGAGUUAUCUCAGCCUGGAGUUGAAGUCGCUCGGCUUCAGCACCUUUCAUACCAACCUGCUCAGUAUUCCCGCAUACGUGGUCUUCAUUUUGAAUCUGCUGUUAUGGACGUGGAUCUCUGAACGGUUCAAUAUCCGCUUCAUGCUUGGCGUUGCCGCUGAGGCAUGGGCUCUUAUACUUCUGAUCGCCCUUGAAUGCCUUCCGGCUGAUGCUAGUGCAUGGGCACGCUGGGUUCUACUGAUUUUACUCAUUGGAAUGCCCUACGUUCACGCGAUUCUGGUGGCUAUCACAUCCCGAAAUGCAGGCACUGUUCGGACGCGCACUGUUGCGACAGCCUUGUACAACAUGAUGGUGCAAGUGAGCAACAUCAUUGGAAACAACGUAUAUCGAACCCCCGAUAAGCCUUUGUAUCGCACCGGGAACAAGGUGCUGAUUGGGCUUGCCGUAUGGAGUAUGUUUAUGUUUGUUGUGUGCAAGUACUACUAUGUAUGGAGGAACAAGCAGAACGCUGCGGUUUGGGACAAUAUGAACAGCGAGGAGCGCGAGCGAUAUGUCGCCGAGAACAAGGAUCUUGGUAACAAGAGAGUUGAUUUCCGAUUCUUACAUUAG